CAUACAGACACACAGACACACUGCCGCAGCGCACAGCAAGCAGACGGACAAGGACGAGCCACUGAGCAGUCUUCGGGGAAAUAAGGGAGGAUAUAUAAGGCCGGGGAAAGAUGGUGAAACUGGGGAGUAAUCUUCAAGACAAAGGGGCCAAACCUGUGAGCGUGGAGGACGGCUUUCAGAAUGUGCCCCUCAUCACCCCCCUGGACGUGGGCAGCCUCCAGAGCCAAGCACCUGACAAGGUGGUGGUGAAAACUCGCACAGAGUACCAGACAGAGAAGAAGAGACUGAAGGUUCCCAAGGUGGAGGAGUUCACCAUCAGCUUCACUGACGGGGUGUCCGAGAGACUUAAGGUGACCAUCCUGAUCAUCCUGGCACUGGCCUUCCUCGCCUGCAUCGUGUUCCUGGUGGUUUAUAAAGCCUUCACCUACGACCACGCCUGCCCAGAUGGAUUCAUUUAUAAGCACAAGCGCUGUAUCCCAGCCUCUCUGGAGGCCUACUACGCCGCCCAGGACGCCAACUCGAGGGGCCGAUUCUACACAGUGAUCAGCCACUACAGCAUGGCCAAGCAGACCACCUCGCAUUCCGUCUCCCCCUGGCUGCCUGGAGGGGUGGUGGGGCAGCAGCACGACGCCAAACCCCCCGGCGAAGAGGGCCACUGAGUCAGCUGCCAUAACCGACGUUGUACAAACACAUACAGACAAAACGCAGACGGGACGACACACACACAGACACGGGCGGGUGCACACACAGACACACACACACACACACGUAGGGAGAACAUGUAGAAACGUAGACAAAAGAGAUGCACACAAACACAGCAGCUACAUAUGUAAUGCCAAUAUAGAUUGAAGACAUGCAUGCAGACAUGAAAACACACAAGCACAUGCUAGGCCACAUCGUCUGCCCAUUGCUGUGCUCUUUCUCUGGAGAGCUUUUUCCACUGAUCUUUUGCACUCGUGGGAACAUC